CAGACGGAGGCUCUCUGGAGCUUCUUUUUUUCAGAGUUUAAGUCUUUUAAAGUUGAUUUCUGUUGAGAUAAAAUCAGAACAUGCUCCUCUCUGCUGCGGAGCGGCUCGUCUCCGCCAUGUUGGAGGAGUUUAAACUAACGGCGGGAACUGAAAUCUGCCGAAAACUCAAAGAAGAAGAAGAAGAGGAGACUGAGGAGGAAGUCCUGGCUGAGAUGAGGAGACUCCGUGAGUCUUUGCUACAGGAGCUGCGGAGGCUGCUGGAGGAGAGGAGUCAACAUUUAAAGGACGCUGCACUCGAGCCUCAGCAGGACUCUGCGGUUGAAGGACCCCCUGAGGUGGAGGCAAGCCACCAAUCAGACGCCGCGCCAGGUGAAAUCGGCCAAUCAGAGCAGCCCACCCCCGCGGCGGCGGCGUGCAGCGGACGGACCUUCAGCUGUCCCACCUGCCUGAAAGCCUUCUCCGCCCGCAGCAGCGUGCGCGUGCACCAGCUCACCGUGCACGCCAAGCAGCGCCCGCACGGGUGCUCCCUCUGCGGGAAGGUGUUCGGCACCCGGGGCCACCUGCGCACGCACCGGGGGUCCGGCGCCGGGCGCACGCUCAGCUGCUCGGCGUGCGGCGAGACGUUGCCGGCCAGGUGCGUGCUGCGCCGGCACAGACUCACCUGUCAGAAGACGGGCGGAGGCUUCAGGUGUGCCGACUGUGGGAAGGAGUUCUCCAAACUCAGGUCAGGAGAGUUCAGGGCUUUACAGUUAGUUAGUUAG